AUGUUAUCUACUACUCGUCACAUAAUAAACUACGACUUCCCGCUGUACACUGCUGACUAUAUACACCGUUGCGGUAGAACCGGCCGUAUCGGUUCAGCACAAGACUGCGCCGUCACCAAUUUCGUGGCAUGGCCGCGGGAGAUACAGCUGGUGCAGAAGAUAGAGACAUCUGUUAGAAGAAAUGUGGACUUACCAAAUGUUAAUGCCAACAUUCGGAGACAGAUUGAAGAUAGGAUCGCUAGGAUGACCGCAGCAGGCAUAUAA